CGAUGUCACGUGAUUUAAACAUUUCUAAUGGAGGAUUGAAAAAAAUAUUUGAACAUGACAUUUUAAGGCUGGAUAUUAGGUCGUGUACCAGGAAUAUGGAGAAAGGUUGAUUAUUGAAAAUACAGGAGAAAACUAGGUGAAAUAACACAGUGAAGAAAUGGUAUCGUAAAAAAAAAAAUAAUUCAUAAAAGGAUACCUGCAAGAAUUAUGCUGCUUUCCGUUGGAAUUUUAGGGAAAUAUUUCGCUUCAUCUAGUCUAUCCUCCAUAGUAUGGUAACUUGGAACCGCUCUCGGAAGAAGUUGCGCUAUGGUCAAUCUCUUGCCCCAGUACACAUCAUGUUUUUGCGGUUUGGAGUCUUUCUGUGUAUAUUCGGAGCCGUUUUUCAAACGGCGACGGCAUGUACCCCGUGCCCCAGUAUGUGUUCCUGCACCCUCAAGUCUGGCACCACAGACGAGUGCGAGGUCGAAUGUCAAGGACAAGGUUACAGGACGUUGCCAACGGCGGCGGAAAUGCCCGCUGCAGCAAGUUGGAAAAUUGUGAAACUAGAUCUGUCGAAUAAUGACAUAGAAGAAGUGCCAAGAAAUAACAUAUCAUUUUUGACGAACUUGCAGGAAUUAAGCCUGCGGGGGAAUAAUAUCUCUAUCAUGGAAGAUAAUACUUUUGAUGAUUUAGAAGAAUUAGAAGUAUUAGAUUUAUCAUCCAAUCACAUCACACAGUUCCCAGAUGACUUGUUUGAAUCACCCAACAUCAUCAUUAAACAUUUAAAUAUCAGUCACCUACAAUUAACCAGUAUUAAGGAAAGUUUUCUAAGAAAAUUAAAGGAAAUAGAAGUCCUUGAUGCAAGCUACAACAGAAUUGACCGCCUGUCUUCCAACUUGUUCAAUAAAAAUGACAAAAUACAAUUAUUCAAAAUGAGUAAUAAUGAUUUGGUGUCUGUGGACUUGAGGCGAUUUCGAAAAUAUGUAUCAGAUCUUUCCUACAAUAAGCUAACAAGUAUAGAAGCUUCCCACUUCAUCACUUCUAUUUUACAACUUGAUCUGACAGGGAAUCUAAUAAGCAGUGUGGAUCCUUCUGUUCUGGAUCAGCUGCCAAAUCUGCAAAAUAUAAGUUUGGCAGGAAAUCCUUGGGAAUGUACAUGCAGCCUCAAAGAUUUCCACGAUAAACUUAUCCAGCUGGAAACUUCAUCCGGACUCAUUCUAGUCGACAAAUGGAAUAUUAGGUGUAGCAAUCUGGAUGUGCCCAUGUUCAAUCUGACAAACACAGCACUCUGGUCAUGUCUUUGCAAGAAAAAGCAAAAUCCUGCAUCAUGCCUGGCCAAACAGUGGCCCAAAAUUAGAUCAAAACGUGCCCCUGGUAAGGAGGUGUAGGGCGGUUUUGUACUGUGACCAUUUCACCCCUGCUGCUUGAGCUCUUUCUAUUCCUGUCAUAUACAUAAGCCCCAAUAGAGUUUGGAACCAACUCUUCUUGUGUGCUUCUUUCAUUUGUGUAGAAAAUAACAACA